AUGGCAGCCAACCCUCACGACGGAACCACCAGGAGUGGACGUAUAUACACCAUACCCUUCGCCUUCCCGUCCGCAACCACUGCUGCGGCCCCGACUCCGACACAACCACAAUCGGCAGCCCUCGCUCGAGCUCAAGUCGAUCCAAAAUCGAAGCCCUGGAAGGUAAUCAAGGGCGCUGGCCGCGUUACCAAGUUCCCAUCUGGGCUCAGAUACCGCAGGCCUGCUAGACUCCACAACCCCCACCACUAUUGCUACCGCCGCUCGCUGCUCCAAUGCCUGGCACAUCUUCCAGCGGUCUACAACUAUCUCGGUGCCAUUCCCCAUCAGAAGACGUGCGAUCUACGAGUACGCAGAUGUACUGUCUGCGCUCUCCAAACGUUCGUCAACAAAUACUGGAACGAGAAGCAUCGGACCAGCUUUCCACACCGCGCUGCACACCUCCUUGACCGAGCCAUCUGGCACGAUGGGCCUGGCAACGGGUUCCCAGACGCAACGACUACACGACAAGGCGAUCCGCACGAGUUCUUCCUGUUCCUGCAGGACCGGCUGGAUGAAAACGAGCAUCGCCUGUCCAAUCGACUCAACCUCCUCUUCAACGUCCAUCGAGACUUCGCCUGGACUUGCGAAGACUGCGGCGGAAUCAACAGUGGCCAGAUGCCAGUCGCAUACGAUCUGAAACUGGACAUGGCUCAAAGCAAGGACUGGGUUGCGGAUCUCGACAACUACAUCAUGAACGAGUUUACCGGCGGAUAUGGUCUCGAUGCGUCGUGCCAGCUUCCAGCUUGUACUGCUCAACUGCUGGGUGCUAAGGAGCGAGUGCCGACCUACGAGAUCACGCAGUCGCCGGAGGUGCUGGUGGCCACUUUUACUCGUCAGGAAUAUGCUAUCGAGGAAGAGGAGGGCACGGGCGAGGUGGUGAUGACGCAGACGAAGAUAAAGCUCCAUGUCGACUAUCCUGAGCAUCUGGACUUGAGCAGUUACACAGCAGAUGGCUAA